CGUGAUUCUGGGAUGUGGGUCAUUGACCUUUUUCACAAAGAUCACAAUCAUCACUUCGAGCAUGAUGAUGGGGGGGAAACCCUUCCUACUUUUCAAGUUAAGGCUCCUAGAUCUGCAAAAUUGACGGUUAAUGUUUCUCAUAGACGAAAAAUUCAUCUAUUCAAGGAUGUUGAACAUGCCUUCUCCUGUUCUUCAGGAAUUAUUGAUUCAAAGCAUUUAAAUGAGAGAGGAAACGUAAUACCACCAAGGGGUGAGCCUUGUGUUGGUCUGGAGUUCAAUUCAGCAAAUGAGGCAUAUCAGUUUUAUAAUGCAUAUGCUGCAAAUGCAGGAUUUAGAAUACGCAUUGGUCAAUUGUUUCGAUCAAAAAACAGUGGUUCAAUUACAUCGAGGCGAUUUGUGUGCUCUAAGGAGGGAUUUCAACAUCCAUCAAGAUUAGGCUGUGGGGCGUUUAUGAGGAUCAAGAGGCAUGAAUCUGGAAAAUGGGUUGUAGACCGCCUUAAGAAAGAGCAUAAUCAUGAUCUUGAGCCUCAACCAGAUACUCAAAAAAGAAAUCUAAUAGUUUCCAAAAGGUUCACAGGGGAACUGAAUGGUGGAUUCGAAGGCAAGGAACCAGUUAACUUGAACUACGGGAUCGUCAUCAAGAGAACUCGGGAGAACAAAAUUGGUAGUGAUUGGUACCCAGGUCUUUUUGAAUAUUUCCAAUCCAAGCAAGCAGAAGAUACUGGAUUCUUUUAUGCUGUAGAAGUCGAGAAUUCUAACUGCAUGAGCGUUUUCUGGGCAGAUGGAAGGUCUAGAUUUUCUUGUAGUCAGUUUGGUGAUACCAUUAUCCUCGACACUUCAUAUAGGAAAAGUGCUUAUGCGGUUCCAUUUGCUACUUUUUUUGGAGUUAAUCACCAUAAACAACCUGUUCUUCUUGCCUGUGCUUUAAUUGCUGAAGAAUCUGUGGAAUCCUUCUCAUGGCUGUUUCAAACGUGGCUUAGAGCAAUGUCAAGUUGCCACCCACUUUCAAUAAUUGCCGAUCAGGACAAGGCGAUCCAACAAGCAGUCGCCCAAGUCUUCCCCCGAACUUUACACUGUUUUUCAUCGUGGCAAAUCCGGAAAAAGGAGCAAGAUAAUCUUAACAUGCUGGAUGAAACUUUUAGAUUUGAGUAUGAAAAAUGCAUUUAUCAGAGUCAGACUGCUGAAGAAUUUGAUGUUGGGUGGAACAUGCUUGUGGGAAAGUAUGGGUUGAAAGACAAUGCUUGGUUUAAAGAGAUGUACAUAAAGCGUAAUAACUGGGUUCCAUUGUUCUUGCGGGGAACAUUUUUUGCAGGCAUCCCCACGACUGACAAUUUCGAAUCGUGUUUUGGUGCAGCAUUCAAUGCUCAAACACCACUUGCAGAGUUCAUUUCUCGUUACGAAAUUGGGUUGGAGAGACGCCGUGAUGAAGAAAGAAAAGAGAGUUUGAACUCUCUAAACUUGCAAGGUUUUCUGCAAACAAAAGAACCAGUAGAAGAGCAAUGUCUAAGGCUCUAUACUCACGCAGUGUUCAAGGUGUUCCAGAAAGAACUCCUGCACUGUUACAGAUAUCUUGGGUUCAAGAUUUACGAGGAAGUGGCUCUCAGCAGAUACCUGGUGCGUCGCUGCGAAAAUGACAAUGAAAAAUGUGUAGUCACAGUGAUAUCGACAAACCUGACGGUGAAUUGUAGCUGUAAAAUGUUUGAAUACGAAGGGAUACUGUGUAGACAUAUUCUAAGGGUGUUCCAAAUAUUAGGAAUAAGUGAAAUUCCACCCCGCUACAUCCUACACAGAUGGACUCGAAAUGCCGAGUAUGGAACAUUGCAAGAUGUGGACACAGAUGGUGGCCCUCAAGAACUCAAGGCCGUGAUGCUAUGGAGUUUGAGAGAAGCUGCUUGUAAAUACAUUGAGGCUGGUGCAACAUCUCUUGAAAAGUACAAACUUGCAUAUGAGAUCAUGCGAGAGGGUGGAAGGAAACUCCGUUGGCAAAGAUAAAUAUGGAGGUUAGAUAGAUAUCUCUGUUCUCAAUUUUAUACUGCAUGCACAUGCACUAUUUCUUCUUCUUCUUUUUUUUUUUUGGUUGGUCAGUGGAUGCAUGCACUUCUUCUUCUUCUUUCUUUUUUUUGGUUGGUCAGUGGAUGACUUUAGAUUGUGAUCCAGAAACCAUGAUAUUGAGUUGUGGGGAUGAUCCUUUUCUGGAUAUGUCAUACCUGAAUGUUUAUAAUAUGUAAAUGAAAAGAAUUUGGAUUA